AACAGAAGACCGAUGAUAAGAUGCGGGCCUUCGCAGAGCAAGUUUUUGCUUCUGAGACCAAAGACGAAACGGUCCGUGAUGAGAUCUCCAUGUUUGACGUGGCUGACGACUGUCCCAUCCUCCACCAUGAGAUGGCCCAUCACCUUCACGCUGAUGACGAUGCUGAAAAACGCAAGAAGAGACAUCAGCGCAGCCUCAACCUGGCUACUACCCAUGCUUCUGCUACCCCUGUUGGGGCAACAAAGGUGGAUUCCCUCACAUAUGUUGAAGUGCCUGAUUUCCAGAGAGUGGCCAUCAUUGGAGACUACGCCUCCGGGGUGACUAUGGAUGAUUUUGAGCUGUCCUGCAAAGGGCUGUACCGUGCAAUGACCAUCCGGGAGAAGUACAUGAAACUGGCUUACCAGCGCUUCCCUUGGACUGCCUCCAAGUACCUGCGUGACAUUGAGGGAGAGACCUUUAACCCUGAACACCAUAUCCAGCCAGUUUUCACAGCUCCACCCAAGAAUGGAGAAGACCCCUUUGAUAGUAAGGAUCUGCCUAAGAACCUGGGCUAUGUUGCCCGUAUGAAGGAUGGCGUCAUCUAUGUAUACAACAACGCUGCAGCUGCUGACAAGCAUCAGCCAAAAGAUCUACCCUGCCCCGACUACGACACUUUCAUUGAUGACAUGAACUUCCUCAUUGCUCUAAUUGCACAGGGCCCAACCAAGACUUACACACACCGUCGUCUGAAGUUCCUCAUGUCCAAGUUCAAUGUCCAUGAGAUGCUGAAUGAGAUGGAGGAGAUGAAAGAACUGAAGAUAAACCCCCACAGGGACUUCUACAACUGCAGGAAGGUGGACACCCACAUCCACGCAGCUGCCUGCAUGAACCAGAAGCAUCUGCUGCGCUUCAUCAAGAAGUCUUACCGAGUGGAUGCUGACCGUGUUGUGCACACCCUCAAGGGCAAGGAGGUCACCAUGAAGGAGCUGUUUCAGUCUCUCAACCUGCACCCCUAUGAUCUCACUGUUGAUUCUCUGGAUGUGCAUGCCGGGAGACAAACAUUUCAGCGUUUUGAUAAGUUCAAUGCCAAGUACAACCCUGUAGGAGCCAGUGAGCUGCGUGACCUGUACCUGAAGACAGAGAACCAUAUCAGUGGAGAGUAUUUUGCUACCAUCAUCAAGGAGGUUGCCAGUGAUCUGGAAGAUGCUAAGUACCAGUAUGCUGAGCCACGUCUGUCCAUUUAUGGCUGCAAGCCAGAUGAGUGGAGCAAACUGUCCGGCUGGUUCGUGAAGCAAAGGGUCUUCUCCCCUAACCUCAAGUGGAUGAUUCAAAUACCGAGGAUCUAUGACAUCUUCAGAGGCAGGGACUUUGUGCCCCACUUUGGAAAGAUGCUGGAGAACAUCUUCCUGCCCGUGUUCCAAGCCACCAUUGACCCACAAUCCAACCCUGAACUGAGUAUCUUCUUGAAGCAUGUUACAGGUUUCGACAGCGUGGAUGAUGAGUCCAAGCACAGUGGGCACAUGUUUUCAACAAAGAGCCCCAAGCCAGAAGAGUGGGACAUUGUCAAAAACCCCUCCUACACUUACUACAUCUACUACAUGUAUGCCAACAUCACUAUGCUCAACCAGCUCCGCAGGCAGAGGGGGAUGAAUACCUUCACAUUUAGGCCUCACUGUGGUGAGGCUGGUGCUGUCACCCACUUGCUGGCCGCCUUCAUGACUGCUGAUAAUAUUUCUCAUGGCCUCAACCUCAAGAAGAGUCCUGUCCUCCAGUACUUGUACUUCCUAGCCCAGAUUCCCAUUGCCAUGUCUCCUCUGAGCAACAACAGCCUGUUCCUUGAGUAUGCCAAGAAUCCACUGCUGGAGUUCCACAAGAAAGGCCUGGUGGUCUCCCUGUCUACUGACGAUCCCAUGCAGUUCCACUACACUAAGGAACCUCUGAUGGAGGAAUAUGCCAUUGCAGCCCAAGUGUUCAAGCUCAGCACCUGUGACAUGUGUGAAAUCUCAAAGAACAGCGUGCUGCAGAGCAGUCUGUCUGACGAGGAGAAGAAACACUUCCUGGGUCCCAACUACCUGAAGGAGGGCCCAGAGGGCAAUGACAUCUGUAAGACCAACGUUCCCCAGAUCCGCAUGGCAUAUCGUUAUGAGACCCUCUGUUAUGAGCUCAAUCUUAUCAAAGAGGGUCUAAAGACAGAGUAAACACACAAACAAACAAUAGGUCAACAACUGGAAACUAUGGCAUCUGCGAUCUGCUCCAAAAACACAUCACAAGUCCUCAGAAAUAGACAAUGAAUUGGACAGCCUUGCUUCUUUUUUUUUUUUUACAUUUUUUUACAUAUUUCCACAGAAAGUUACGAGACUUUAGAUAAGGGAUUCUGAGGGAUAAAAGCGUUUCAUAUAUUUCACUCCUGUGAAACCUUAUUCAGUACUGUUCUCAAGUCACACCAUCACUUGCUUAUCUGUUCCCAUGGUCUUUUGUAUCGCUGGAUAUAGAUGCAUUUAGUCUGCUUAAAUAAGUCUUAUGGAGGAACACUGUGUUUGGGGAUAAAGCCAAUAAAUUAUAUUUAAAAGUGAA